CGAAGGAAAUAAGGCCGGGGGGCUGACGUCAUCGAGUCCGGCCAAUAACAGGGCGCGUUGGUGGGAGGCCUCUCGGAGGGUGCGCCCGGAGGAAGGAAGGCGAGAGAGGAAGCUUGAAGUCAAGAUGGAGACUGCUGGUUCCCCUGCUGCCGCUGUGGGGAACGGGGACAUGGGGUCCCAGCGGGACCUGAGCCUGGUGCCUGAACGGCUUCAGAGACGCGAGCAAGAGCGGCAGCUGGAGGUGGAAAGGCGGAAGCAAAAGCGGCAGAACGAGGAGGUGGAGGAGGAGAAGAGCGACUUUUUCGCCGCUGCCUUCGCUCGGGAGCGAGCGGCGGGGGGAGACCUUCUGGAGCGGGGGGUGGGGGGGAAAAAAAAGGGGGGGGCGGCCGCUCGGCUUCAGGGGCUGCAGAAACUUCUCAACGACUCGGUUUUGUUCCUAGCUGCCUACGACCUGCGGCAGGGACAAGAGGCGCUGGCGCGGCUGCAGGCGGCCCUGGGAGCCCGGCGCCAGGAGCUGCAGCCGAAGAAGCGUUUCGCUUUCAAGACCCGGAGGAAGGAUGUUGCUUCGGCCACCCAAGUAGACGCGGCUCCCGGCGCCCCUGCUGCUGAAGGCAUCCUGGCCUCCGCGCGGCCCUUGAAGGAGGACGGAGGCUUCGGCUCCAGCUGGGUCUGCGGCUUCUCCAAGCUGGAGUCCCAAGUCUUGGAGAAGAAAGCCGACGAGCUGCACCAACGCGACGUACUUCUGACCGAACUAAGUAAGUGCACGAUCAAACUGUAUGGCAAUCCCAACACGCUGCGGCUGACCAAGGCCCGCAGCUGCAGGGUGCUCUGCGGCCCGGUGUCCACAUCCGUGUACCUGGAGGACUGCAGCGACUGCGUGCUGGCCGUGGCAUGCCAGCAACUCCGUGUUCACACUACACGAGACACCCGCAUCUUCCUGCAGGUGACCAGCAGGGCCAUCGUGGAGGACUGCAACGGGAUCCAGUUUGCUCCGUACACCUGGACCUACCUGGGUCUCGACAAGGACUUCGAGAGUUCUGGUUUAGAUAGGAGCAAAAAUAACUGGAACGAUGUUGACGAUUUCAACUGGCUGGCCAGGGAUGUGGCCUCCCCAAACUGGAGUGUUCUUCCUGAAGAGGAGCGAGACAUCCAGUGGGACUAAACACUUGUCGCUUUGAUCUUCGCUCCAGCGAAAUAUUUAUCAUGUGGGACAGACUUCAGCUAAUAGGACCCCGAAGAUUAUUUAUUGUCACGCUUUGUAUGUUUUCAGUAUUUUAAGGCUUGAGAUUGUGAUAGGCUCCUAUUUGUGAUUUCCAUUAAAGUCAUGACAUAUCAAA